GUCAGUGGAGUGUCAAGAUGGCGGCCACCUUGACAAGAGGUCUCUCAGGUUUGAAAUGUUUACUGAGAUCUCUGUCGGUGCUGGGGAGAGAGUGUGUCACUCCUGCUGUCAGAGCCUCACUGCAGACACCACGCUUCUCUACUUUAGUACAAAGACAUGUUUUAAGAGCUCUGCCUCCUGUUCAUAGCACUGGUCCCUUCCAACAGACUGCCCUACUCAAUCGUGUAACCCCACUCAUCCCUUCCUUGAAGCUCCAGCCAAGCAGAAAUUUGACAUACUACAGUCUGAGGAAAGGCAAGAGGAAGUCUGUGAAGUCAGUUGUGCAAAGGUUUCUCAGGCUGCACUGUGGCCUGUGGGUGAGGAGGAAGGCUGGAUAUAAGAAAAAGCUGUGGAAGAAGUCAGCAGUCCGGAAGAAGCGACUGCGAGAACAUGUAUUCUGUAAUAAAACUCAGUGUAAACUCUUGGACAAAAUGACCACAUCCUUCUGGAAAAGAAGGAACUGGUAUCUCAAUGAUCCCUACCAGAAGUACCAUGAUCGAGUUAACCUCAAAGUGUAAAUCUCUUCAGUCUUUGUUCAAAACAUAUUAGAUAUGUAUCGCCAUUUCUGUUGGGUUCUGGACAAAUGUGUAUUAAUUGACUAUUAAACAAUGUUAUACACCUGUGAGUCAAUAAAAAAAAUCUAUAUUAA